AUUCUCAAGAAAAUUAAAGAAGAAAGAAAAAUUAUGUCGCUAAGCUGAUUCAACAUAGAAAAGUUAUACGAUAACCAAUUUCCAAUAAGACGCUUCAGUAGGUACGUCAUAGCAAAGCGUACUUAGAUAUAAGUAGAAGAUUUACUUUAUUUUAUUAUACAUUAGUUGUUAGAGUUGUGGAUUUAAUAUGAUUAUAAUAAGUAAACGUAUGCGAGUCAGAAUAACUAAUAAGCAUCUUAUAAGAAACGUACGUGUAGUAGAUAAGAGUUUGUAUGAGUAAGCACUCUACAUUUUACCUUUUAUAUUUACGUUAUACUUUAGAACUUAAGUAGUUUUAAGAACACAAGGAUGCAAUCAUUUAUACGGAAUCAACAUAAAGAAGAAAGAAAUUUGUUAAAGGCCCUAAAUUCAUUUCAUAUUUAUCGAAAUUUAUGGGGUUUGAGUUGACUUUGGCAACACUGACUGUUGCAAAGCGAACGUUCCACCAUUUUGAAUCGUUGGCGGAAGAUCUCCAAGCAGACGCGAGUUCCCCGGGAAGGUUCCUCAAAUUAUGCUGGUAAAUAUUGAGAAUAUUAUAAUUUAAAGGGCACCAACAAAGGGAUAAGCGUGUAGAUAGGCAAGAUUGUGAAAAACUACGUAUUUACUUCAUAGGUACAGUGAACUCGCCGCCGCCAACCACACCGGACAAGACAACUCGGAUUUGACGAAAACCCCCCUGAUUAGACCUGCUAUCGGACUAGACUAUUUCUCGGAUUAAACAAGAAAAGAGCUUACACAAACAACAUAAUGGACGAUUUGCUUUUAAGAAGGCUUAGGCUCAUUAACGACAAACUCACCACAGACAUAGAAGUUAUUCCUGUUACCAUUAAUUCAGAGAACUUAGGGCAGGCUCAAAUUACUUACAGUAAAUUAGAUGCAUCUCUGAAAAGACUUGACAACGACUUGAUGGAGUACUUUCGCUUGGCUUCGACACCUGCUUCUGAUGAAAUAUGUUUACUGAGUGGAUUGCAACUUCAAGCAGAGGAGACUUUGGCUGAACUUAAAGUGAAGAUCGAUCAAAUAACUUUGAAAAGCAACGCUACAGAGAAACCUCCGGAAGCGAAUGCCUCGUGCCGACUCCCUAAACUACAGCUGCCGGUGUAUAGUGGAGAUGUGCUCUUUUGGUGUGAGUUCUGGGACUCCUUCAAGAGCAACAUUGAUUCAAGAAAUCUGCCUGAUGUUGACAAGCUCUCCUAUCUUAAAGCCUCGGUGACGGGAGAUGCCAAGAAAGCCAUAGAUGGUCUGUCUACUACUAAUGCUAAUUAUAGAAUAGCCAUAUCAAUCCUGAAGGAGCGUUUCGGCAAGACCUCUCAUCUCAUUGACGCGCAUUAUGCAACACUAUAUAAGGUUAAGAUGGCCAAAAGCACCGCUGAAGACUGUAGAAAGACAUUCAACGAAGUUGAACGAAAUCUCAAAAUUUUGGAAUCAUUAGGUGAAAACAUCAAUCACAAUCAUCUUCGUUUUAUGUUGCUGGAAAAAUUUCCACCCGAUCUAGUUUACGAAAUUAAGCUGAAGGUUAAUGAUGAUUCUAUACAAGAAAUCAGGAACCAAUUAGAUAGAAUUAUUACCGCAAAAGAGGAUGCUGAAAGGAUUUCAGGAAGAAAACGCACGCAUGAAGCAGAAGAUAGUACAGUCGGAACUCUACAUAUAAAUGUGAAACGUGCAAGAAGCGCAUAUCAACCCAAACAGCAGCAAGGUCCCCCUAAGAAACAAAAUCCUCAAGGAGGUUUUGAUAGAAGACCGGAAAGGAAGAAUAAGUUUGAUAGUAUUAAUAAACCCAAUAAAUGGAACAGACCAAAACAAACUCCGACUUCUAACAAGGAUCAACCAGAACCUCAGCAGGGCUCUCCGAAGGGGAGAACAGCGUGGACAUGCAUCUUUUGCAAAGGUGAUCAUUACAAUGAUAAGUGCUCUGAAGCUGCUACCUUAGCAGAAAGAAAGAAACGACUUGGAAAGAAAUGCUUCAUGUGUUUGAAGUUAGGCCACUUUAUAGAAGACUGCAAGAACAAACGUAAGUGUAGCAUUUGCUGUAGUGAGACACCGCAUAACAGAGCUUUAUGCCAUUUAAAUUUUCAGAAGAAUACUGCAAUGAAGAAACAGUCCUGA